AAAGAAGCGCGCAAAUUCUUCUAAACGAACUCAUCAAAAAGAAAUGGAAAAUAUUAAAAGUAAUACUGAAAACGAAGCAAGCAACAAACGCGCGUACCAGCCGUCACCAACUCGUAACAAAGAUGGAGUUGUCAAUGACGAUAAUGUUUUGGAGAAAAACGCAAGCAAUUUAGAAGACGAAAAUGCAGGUGCGAGUCCGGGCGAAGAAGAUAAAAAAGAGAACGCAAGUCAUUCGGAGGACGGAAAUAUAGAUGCGAGUUCGGGAGAAGCGGAAGAAAAUAAAGAGGAAACUAAGAAUGUAAUCUCUAACCAAGAAAUAACGGCUAUCGAAACACAAAUCGAGAUUUCCUCUACUUCUGACACAUUGGAUCUUACUCAGAGCGUCGCACCAGAAUUUACUCUUCCUUCAUCAAAGAUUUCUGAUGAAUCUGAUACGGUGAUUGGAAGUGAAACUAGUUUUCUUGAAGCUGGACCUUCUAAUGAAUCUAUUGGGCUUUCACGCGAAUCGUCAUUUAUUAGAGCAGCCGAUGCUUUGACCUUAAAUGAUGACUCAGAACUAGAUGAUGACGAUGAUGACUCCGAUUCAUCUGCUAAAAAAUUUUAUGACAACAGACUACAAUUGUUGAAGGCACAAUAUCGAAGAACAACUUCAGCUACAUCAUCGCGCAAAAAUCAAGAGGCGCGCUUACUCGCCCUAUUAGAAGAAAUUAAUAAAGCUGAAACCUUAGACCCACAAGAUCGAGUCGGUACGCCGGAAAACCUGAUUCCCACAUUGAUGGAACAUCAAGUAAUCGGCUUAACUUGGCUGAUAAAAAAAGAAGAAAGUACAAAUCAUGGAGGAAUUUUAGCUGAUGAAAUGGGUCUAGGCAAAACCAUCCAAUCAAUGGCGCUGAUAUUGGCACGUCCUUCUCAAAGCAAUACACGAAAACCAACCCUAGUGGUUACUCCUGUCUCGCUAAUGCAUCAAUGGGCUCAAGAGUUUGAAACUAAGACACGCGGUUUAAGUGUUUUUGUGCAUCACGGCAAGAACCGAUUAUCAGGCAAUAGACAGUCACAGAAAUAUGAUGUCGUAAUUACAAGCUAUCCGACUGUCGCUGCGGAAUUUGAAUCAAGAUCAGCACCACUUAUAAAAACUAAAUGGCAUAGAGUCAUCCUCGAUGAAGCUCAAUCAAUUAAAAACCAAAAAACAAAAGCGGCAAAAGCUUGUUGCUCUAUAGACAGUUUAUAUCGUUGGUGCUUAUCAGGUACUCCCAUCCAAAAUAAUAUCGAAGAAUUGUAUUCUUUGAUUAAAUUCCUUCGAAUUGAACCUUACUGUGAUUGGAAGGAGUUUAGACAAGACUUUGUCAAGCCAUUCUCUACUAGAAAUUCUUAUGCAAAUGAACUCAUGACAAAACGAUUGCACGUGGUCUUAAAAUCAAUUCUUUUAAGAAGAAGUAAGAACACAAAAAUCAACGGGAAACCAAUUAUUGUUCUACCUCCUCGUGAUGUCCUAAUUGCCAAUACCGAAUUUACGCCUGACGAACGUGAAUUUUAUAUGGCUCUGGAGACAAAGAGCAGACUAACUUUCAGCCGAUAUUUAAAAGAAGGAUCAGUAAUGAGAAAUUAUUCGAAUAUUCUUCUAUUGUUACUUCGACUUCGACAGGCAUGUUGCCACCCUUAUCUUAUUAAAGAUCGUCACGAAACUGAAGAAGGUGGUGAUGAAAAUAGUUUACAGCAACAAUUUAGUCUGGAGGAGGUUGUCACGAAAUUAUCAGAAGAAAUCGCCAUCAGAUUGAAAGAACAAAACCUUGAUCAAAAGGAAUGUCCUAUUUGCUAUGAUUCGGCUGUGGAUCUUUCGAUAAUUGUAGGAUGCGGUCAUUCCUAUUGCCAUGAGUGUCUGGAUAGUUUGGUAAUUAAUCAAAGCGUCAAAACGUGCCCAGAAUGCCGGAGUAAAUUCACUAUGAACGACACAGUGCCGUACUCUUUUCUCAAAAAGAAAUGGACUGCUGACAAUGAAGAUGAGGAUGAGAAUGACGACGAAUAUAAAGAGCCAAAAAGCAAGAAGAAAGGGAAAGGAAAGGCCAAAGCUGAAGAUACGAACGAUAUCGAAGAUGAGUAUACUUAUGAACUACCAUCUAUGAUUCCAGAAAUUGAAAAUUGGGUGCCAAGUGCUAAAAUUGAACGUACAAUAAGCCUCAUUAAAGAAUUUAAAAGUAAAGCGCCAAACGAUAAGAUCAUCAUCUUUAGUCAGUUCACUACAUUCCUGGAUCUGGUGGCAUUUCAGCUUCAUGAGAACGGGUUCAAAUUUGUCCGGUAUGAUGGAAAAUUGGACACCAAUCAACGGAAUGAAGCUAUCAAGGCCUUUGAGCAACAAAAUGAUUUGAAUAUUUUGCUAGUCAGCUUGAAAUGUGGCGGGGUUGGAUUGAAUUUAACAGUUGCAAACCGGGUGAUCAUGUUAGAUCCAUGGUGGAAUCCCGCGAUGGAAAAUCAAGCCAUUGAUAGAGUCCACAGAAUAGGACAAACGAAACCCAUCGAAGUACAUCGAAUCAUUAUUCCCGAUACUAUAGAACAAAAAAUCCUUGAUCUUCAAGAAAAAAAACAACAACUGGCGUCAAAGGCAUUAGGUGAAGGUGGAAAUGCGCAACUUGGCCGUCUUGGGCUUCAAGAAUUAUUAUAUUUAUUCCGAGACUAA